AUGGAGUACGACAAGGCUUCGGCGCCCGGUCCGCCAGAAUCCAAGAAUUAUCCCCACCAGAGCGUUGCCUCAGGCGACAACCUGAAAGAUGGCCGACGGCGAGUGCAGGGUCCGGCAGUCGACACAGGCAUCUUGGGAGAGCCCAUCAAAUUCGCAUUCUCGGGCAAGACCGCCCGGAACAGAUUCUUGAAGGCUCCCAUGACCGAGCGUCUGUGUCACUGGAACGAGCACGGCCAACCCAUCUCCGUUCGUGGUUUCCCUUCCAAGGAAUACAAGCAUCUCUACAGGAGAUGGGGCCAGGGCGAAAUCGGCAUGAUCGUCUCGGGCAACACCAUGAUCCGCUACGAUGCAGUCGAGGCCUACGGUAAUCCUAUCCUCCAAGAUGACCACGACGGGAGGGUGGAAACGUACCGAGAAAUGACGAGUCUGGCAAAAGCUCACGGCUCAUUGAUUGUCGCUCAGCUCUCUCAUCCAGGACGUCAGGGACCUAAAGCGCUGAAUCCGCAUCCUGUAUCGGCUAGCGAUGUGCAGUUGCAGAAGCACUGGGCCGGCAACGAGUUCGCACGGCCAACACCGUUGACCAUACCGGACAUCAAGGAGAUUGUUCGCCAGUUCGGCGAGACCGCAUAUCUCUGCCACCAGGCAGGCUUCGAUGGAGUGCAGGUCCACUGUGCUCACGGUUAUCUGCUGGCUCAAUUUCUCGCCCUCACGACCAACACGCGCGACGACGAGUAUGGUGGCUCCUUCGAGAACCGAAGCCGCAUCAUCUUCGACAUCAUUGACGAGAUUCAUCGUCGAGUCACGGAUGCGAGCUUCAUCAUCUGCGUCAAAGUCAACUCGGUCGAGUUUCAACCCGGUAGGGCCAUGUCGACCCACCUUUCACGUCAACCGUCAGCGCUAAUCUCACACAACUCGUGUGUAUAGGUGGCCAGACGCCAGAAGACUGCCGUAAUCUCUGCCAAAAGCUGGAAGAAGCACGCGUCGACUUUAUAGACCUAUCCGGCGGCACCUUCGAAGGCAGAGCAUUCGAACACAAGAAAGGUAAUCUCAAAUUUCUACUCCACCCAAAACACCCUCUCACCACGCUUUCUUUUUCACACAGAAUCCACCAAAGCCCGCGAAUCCUAUUUCAUCGAAUUCGCCGAACUCAUCCGACCCCUCCUGACCAAGACCCGACUCUACGUGACAGGCGGCUUCCGCACCGCCAGCGGCAUGGUGAGCGCCAUCAACGCUUCCGCCUGUGACGGCAUUGGCAUCGCCCGUCCUCUUGCUGCGGAACCUUACCUCUGUAAGGAAAUCCUGGAGGGGAAAGUGACCGGUGCGAUUGAGAAUCUGAUGCCCGUGCCGAAGAACACCCAGGCGAGUGGGAUGCAGUUGGGCCAGAUUGGGAGUGGCGAAAAGUUGGUGAGCGAUUGGAGUGACGAGGGAGAGGUGAAGAGGUGGUUGGAAGCGGAUAGGGUGGAAGAGGAGCGGAAGAUUGGGAUUCUGCCCGUGGUGGACAGUAAUGGGUAUGCGCCCAUCAAGGCGGUGGUGGGGUUUGAGUAUCUGAGGUAA